CCAAACCCCAAAAACAUAAAGAGAAUUAGAGAGAGAGGAAAACAAAUACACACACAUAAUACACAUUAUAUUCAUAUAUAGAAAGAUGAUUACACCACAAAUUCAAGUAACAAAUUCUUCAAGCCCAACCUAUCUCAUAUUUAACAAGCCAAUAACAACAACAAGCCUCCAUGGUAGUGGUGGUAGUAGUAGUAUCUACCCUUCUUUUAGGGUUAGGACUAGUAGGCCAAUAUCAUUCCGAAACCGUAGAAGGUGUAAUAGGUAUGGUUUAAGUGGUUGUAAUAGUAGCAAAACAAUCAAAGCUGUGGCUAUGACUGAAGAAGAGAAUAAGAAAUCAAUAAUGAAGGUUAAAGCCACCAUAAGAGUUCAACCAACCGUUGGAGGGAUAUUUUCGGAAAUGGCCAUAGAACGAGGGCUUGAUGAUAUAACUGAUUUGUUUGGUAAAUCAUUACUCUUGGAGCUUGUUAGCUCAACCCUUCAUCAAACGACGGGGCUGGAGAAGGAAACGAUAAGCGGUUACGCCCACAGGACGGUUCAAACAGCAGAGGAGGUCAAGUAUGAGGCUGAGAUUGUGGUGCCACAUGGUUUCGGAGAGAUUGGUGGCAUUUUCGUGGAGAAUGAGCACCGUAGAGAGAUGUUCAUUAAGGAUAUUGUCCUUGAUGGCUUUGAAACUGGUCCCCUUCGCUUCUCUUGCGACUCUUGGGUUCAUUCCAAGUUUGACAACCCCGUUAAGAGGCUCUUUUUCACCAACAAGUCAUAUUUGCCAUCAGAGACACCAGAAGGAUUGAAGAGGCUAAGGGGAGAGGAGCUAGAGCUUCUCAGAGGGAAUGGGCAUGGCGAACGCAAGAGCUUCGACCGCAUAUACGAUUACGAUGUCUACAACGACCUUGGAGAUCCAGACAACGAUAUCGAACUCAAGAGACCUGUUCUUGGUGGCAAACACAAUCCAUAUCCACGUCGUUGCAGAACUGGAAGACCUCGCUCCAAAGCAGACCCGUUAUCGGAGGAAAGGAGUAGCAGCAUCUAUGUGCCAAGGGACGAAAGCUUCUCAGAAGUGAAGCAGUUAACGUUCUCGGCGAAGACGGUGUACUCGGUGCUGCACGCGGUGGUGCCGGCGGUACAGACGGCGAUAGUUGACAGGGAUCUAGGGUUUGAAUUGUUCUCACACAUAGAUGAUCUUUUCCAUCAAGGGAUUGGCUUGCCUCCUUCUUCAAAGAACAAAGGGGUUCUGAGUAACAUGUUACCCAGGCUUAUCAAGUUCAUCAACGAAACCCAAGACGACCUUCUCCGUUUUGAGCCUCCCGCACCCAUGGACAGGGACAGGUUCUUUUGGUUUAGGGACGAAGAAUUUGGAAGACAAACUCUUGCGGGUCUCAACCCAUGUUGUAUACAACUGGUGACGGAAUGGCCAUUGAAGAGCAAACUGGACCCAAAUGUUUAUGGGCCUGCGGAAUCAGCAAUUACGAAAGAACUAGUUGAAAAGGAAAUCAGAGGAUUCUGUACGGUGGAAGAGGCUAUAGAAGCCAAGAAAUUGUUCGUAUUGGACUACCACGAUUUACUAUUGCCAGUGGUAGAGCAAGUAAGGGAGCUUCAAGGGACAACACUAUAUGGAUCUAGGGCACUCUUCUUCCUUACACCCGAAUCCACACUCCGCCCACUCGCUAUCGAGCUUGUUCGCCCUCCCAUCAAUGGAAACCCUCAGUGGAAGCAAGUCUAUACCCCCACGUGGCACUCUACCGGUGAUUGGCUUUGGAGGCUUGCCAAGGCUCAUCUUCUUGCUCAUGACUCUGGUUACCACCAACUUGUUAGUCACUGGUUGCGAACUCAUUGUUGCACAGAACCUUACAUAAUAGCAACGAACAGGCAAUUAAGUGCAAUGCACCCAAUCUAUAGGCUUUUAAAUCCACACUUCAGAUACACAAUGGAGAUCAAUGCACUUGCACGUGAAGCCCUAAUCAAUGCAGAUGGGAUCAUAGAAACAAGCUUCACUCCCAAGAAAUACUCUAUCCUCCUAAGUUCCAUUGCUUACGACAAACACUGGCGAUUCGACUUGCAAUCCCUCCCCAAUGACCUCAUCCACAGGGGGAUGGCGGUUAAAGACGAUAAUGCCCCUCAUGGUUUGAGGCUCACCAUAGACGACUACCCUUAUGCCAAUGAUGGACUCAUCCUUUGGGAUGCUCUCAACGGAUGGAUCACUGAUUAUGUUGACCGCUAUUACUCCGAUUCCGAUCUUGUCCGCUCCGAUGAGGAACUCCAGGCAUGGUGGCAUGAGAUCAAGAAUGUUGGACAUGGCGACAAGAAAGACGAGCCAUGGUGGCCGCUUUUGAACACCAAAGAGGAUCUUGUUCAGAUUCUCACCACCAUUGUUUGGAUAGCUUCUGGCCACCACGCUGCCGUCAACUUUGGCCAAUAUGAUUAUGCGGGGUAUUUCCCAAACAGACCCACAAUUGCAAGGAAGAAGAUGCCAACAGAGGAACCAACAGAAAAGGAAUGGGAAGAAUUCAUGGAGAAGCCAGAGAUGGAAUUGUUAAAGUGCUUCCCAUCACAGAUCCAAGCGACAACAGUGAUGGCAGUGUUAGACAUAUUGUCAAGCCACUCGCCAGAGGAAGAGUAUUUGGGUGAAACCAUAGAGCCGUCAUGGGAAGAAGACCCAAUUGUAAAAGGAGCGUUUGAGAAGUUCAAAGAACAGAAAUGGUGCUGGAAUGUUGCCGUAUCAGCUUCUCAAACCAGUUUCGGAGCCUGGUGUUACUGGUAAAGGAGUUCCAUACAGUAUCUCUAUUUGAAGAGAGAUCAAAAAAUGUUUUGCUAACAAUAAUGCAACAAUAUGAUGAGUUAGUAAUAACAUGUUUCUGCAGUAGCUAGUUAGUUCAACUAUGUAUCUUUUUGUUAACAGUAAUGCAAGUAACAUCUUUGUGUAUACUAGCUAUAGUUUGUUCGACUAUGGGCAUUUAAAUAUU